CAUUAUACGUACGUUUCUUUUGACAAAAAAUUCACAAUUAACGCCCACAGACAACCUCCUGCUAGAAAAACUAUCAUCCCUUGAAAAUCGGUUGAUUUAUGCAGCUUACGGACAAGAGGCUUUACUUGAAUGUAAUUAUUGUAAAAACGUUACAGAUUAUUCCAUGUUUAUUGUUCCUAACGUGGUUUGGUCUUAUGUUAUGAUGCUUACGGUACUUGGAAUUUCCACUAUGACUAAACGUAAAUCACAUUGGAGAAUUUACGGUGUAAUAUUUCUUGUCGGAUGUGGAUUUAUUGAACUCUACACUUUAUUAACAACAGACAUUAGAAAAAACGCGGCACAGGGUGUUAUAGAAUUUUUAUAUAGCAACACAGACUAUUAUAGAAGAAUAGCAUUCAUAGGAUUAUCUCUUGCUGUACUUUCCUUUAACAAAGCAGAUGAAAGAUCCGAUAUGGAGAUAAUACAAGAAAUUAAAAGAAAUCAAGAAAUAAUAAUACAUUGUAUUAAAGCAACCGAACUUCAACGUACAGCCGUGUUGAGAGAUAAUAAUUUGAGAAGAAUUUUUGAAGAAUUUUACAAAAGAUUAGAGACAGCGGAGAAUGAUGUUGUGAUGGAUCAGGGAUACAAAGCAGCAAGGAAUAGAACUUUGGGUAAGAUGAAUAUGCCAAGGUUGUUAAAGGAAGCAGAGAUUUACGUUAGUAGCAUUACCAGGAUGAAGGAAGCAGAUACUGAUAACGAAUUGGUUGCCGGGAUUCAAAGCUCUGCUACUGCUGGAAACAGCUUAUACGAGUAA